AUGUGGGAGCAAAUGCAGAACAUCAUGAAAAUUUUCGGAGCGAACAGACCAUUGGCUCCCAUCUCAGUACCCACAGCAUCGGCUCCCAUCUCAGUACCCACAGCAUCGGCUCCCAUCUCAGUACCAGUACCACCGGACCUAACUGAGCCCCUGGAUUCGGCUUUGGAACCAGGUGACUCAAUUAUUGCUUCUUCGGCCCCAGCUACUACAGCAAAACUGGAUCGUCCCGUUGCACCAGCUCUUUCUAGCAAGGAAUCCCUGAUCAAUUGUCUUCCGGAAAAUGAAACUACCCAAGAUUCUGGCCAGAAAAGCGGAAAAGCAUUUAUUGAACCAAACAAAGACUCCGAACCAACCAAUGACUCCAAACAGACCAAAGACUCCGAACCAACCGAAGCCUCCGAACCAACCAAAGACUCCGAACUGACAAAAGACUCCGAACUGACGAAAGACUCUAUUGCGAAAUCUCUGACAAAUGAAACACCAUUACUGAUUGCCGACCCAAAGAGUUACAACUUUGCGCAAGGAGGUAUGUAG